AUGAGGUCACUAAAAAGGUUGGAACCAACAUUGUAUACAUGCGUUUCGGCAGUUAUAACAACCUAUUCUGUGACCCUAGUAUUUGUUGCUGCUGUAUGCUAUUACGUCAAGACAUUAUAUCGUCAUAAACAAUCGGACUUACUACGGCUAAACUCUUCAGAAGCAUUAAAUAAUGAAGUGAAAAUACAUAGGAGUAAUUUCGACGGAAAUUUAGCUGAGGAGUCAUACGCGACUUCAAAUACCCCUUUUUUGAAAAGGCUUCCACAUAGAGCUAAAGCCGUAUACAAUAAGAACGUAUGUGAGUCGAGACGCAAAGGUGGUUACAGUAGCACAUUUAGUGAUGAAAAGGAAUCAGAGAAUCAGAAAAACCUUAAUACUUUGGACAAUCCAUACCGUGUUGCUUUUGCAACAGAAGACACCAGCUUGGUCCCUGACUUAAGUUAUUAUUAUAAACAAUAUGGAAUAGAAAUUGAAUCAUUCGAAGUAGUCACUGAUGAUGGAUUUAUUUUGGAUCUCUGGCAUUUUGUCCCAAAUGAAAAUCUGAAAAAGGAUCGCUCUCCGUUGUUAUUCCUUCAUGGUCUAUUGCAAAGUAGUGCAAGUUUUGCAACAAGUGGACGCAAAUCUUUAGCUUAUGAAUUAUUCAGUAGCGGCUACGAUAUAUGGCUGGGAAAUAACAGAUGUGGAUUCGAUGCCAAAAUAUCACCCAUUAAUGGUACUCGGAAAGGCAAAUGGUGUUGGGAUAUUAUUGAUCUGGUUAAGUAUGAUUUAAAGGCGUUGAUAGAAACAGUACUUCAGAAAACUGGGUUUGAAAAGGUUAGUCUCAUAGCUCAUUCACAAGGAGCCACAUUAGGUUUCUUGGGAUUAAUUUAUGGGGACCAAUUAUACGAAGGUACUGAUUUUAGGCUUGCGAACAAAGUAGAAACAUUUGCUAGUUUGGCACCUGCCAUUUAUCCAGGUCCUAUAAUAUUCCAGAAGUUAUACUUCAAAAUUAUGUCUAAGACCAUAUUUUCACCAUGGAUCUUUGGUGUAAAACAAUUCGUUCCCAUAAUGAUGCUUUGCAGAAAUAUUUUCGCCGGACACAGAUUAUACUCAAUAUACAGCUACCUUUUCUGUAGUUACUUGCUUGAAUUGGAUGAUAGAUUAUGGGACAGAAAUGUGAGAGAUAGACAUUUUCUUUUUUCUCCAUCAUAUGUUUCUGUAAGCUUAAUGCAAUGGUGGACGAGCGAUGAUCCAAGCAGAGGAGGUUUUAGAAAUUACGCUCAUCAUCUAUUCCCAGAUGACCGCACAUGGUUCGAAGGUACUGUCAAUAAUGGCAUUGAAAACCCACAAGAUAGUAAGAAACCUAAUAAAUACCCCAAGCUAUUAAUGUUUGUACCUCUGGGGGACACGUUGGUAAACGGAAGUCGACUAAUAACCCACUUUGUUACAAAAGAACCUUCGGUGAGAUACAAAAUCUGGACUAUUGAGGACUAUUCCCAUUUAGAUAUAUUAUGGGCAAAUGAUGUGCCCGAAACAAUCGGUGGGCCGUUAAUAGAUGCACUUGAAUCUGCUUUAUGA